AGCUUGUAAAAAGCAAAUGCUGAUAAAGAAAAAACACACUUGUUGAACGAAAAUUAAAGCUUUCGAUCAGUUCACUUCCAGCUGCUGCACUCGUCAACAUUUUCCUAAAAAUAUAAACAUCUUUCAAGUUCAAAAUGUCAACGAUUGUGAGGAAAUUAAUCAGCACUGCAAAUGCUGCCAAGCCAGUGGCUCCCUAUAACCAGGCGGUGGUGGCCGAUCGCACAGUGUAUGUGUCGGGUUGUCUGGGUCUGGACAAGGACACCAUGAAGCUGGUUCCCGGUGGACCCACAGAGCAGGCAGAGAAGGCUCUGGAGAAUCUUGAGGCUGUUCUCAAGGCCGCCGAUUCGGGAGUGGAUAAAGUGAUCAAGAACACUGUCUUCCUGAAGGAUCUCAAUGAUUUUGGGGCCGUCAAUGAGGUCUACAAGAAGGUGUUCAAUAAGGAUUUCCCGGCCCGCAGUUGUUUCCAGGUGGCCAAGUUACCAAUGGACGCUCUGGUGGAGAUCGAGUGCAUCGCCUUGACUGGAUCUGUGACCACACAAACUGUGCAAUAGCAAUUAAAGACCAGUAAAUUGUGAGAAAAUAAAGGUGAUUGAUCAAUGAA